AGUGUUAGAUUGUAAAACCCCAAAUUAAAACCCUAGCUUUCCACUGUUGAGUGUUCAUCACCAAUCAACCAUCAUGGGUCAUAUUGGUUCCAGUAAGCUUGAUAUAAACGACGACGUCAACGACAUGGACCUCGACCUCGACCUCGAUGAUGAGUUUCCCUGCAAUGCCUCAAUCCUCGAAGAUUUGGGAGAAGAUUUCGUUAAACAUUUCUGCAAGAAGGCUUCGAUGUUGUUCUUCGAUGAGUACGGUCUCAUCAGUCACCAGAUCAACUCAUACAAUCACUUCAUCAGCACCGGCCUUCAAAACACCGUCGAUUCCUUCGGCGAAUACAUUGUUACACCAGGCUUCGAUCCCUCCAAGAAAGGAGACCUUGAACAUUUCCGUUAUGCUUCCAUAAAGUUCGGCAAGGUAACCCUUGAUAAGCCUAAGUUCUGGGGUGGCGAAGGGAAUGCAUCGGUGUUUAACAUGCUUCCCAAGCAUGCUCGACUCCAGAGGAUGUCUUAUGCUUCCAGAAUGAAAGUCAAUGUUCAAGUUCAGGUUUAUGUUCCGAAGAAGGUUCUAAGUGACAAGUUCAAGACUGGAAAGGAAGAAUACCUUGACAGAGAGAUUCUCAAGGAAGAUGAUCGAGAAAUAAUCAUUGGGAGCUUGCCUGUUAUGGUCAAGUCUGAUCUUUGUUGGUUGAAAGGGGAUGAAAAAGGUGAUUGUGAAUUUGACCAUGGUGGCUACUUUCUCAUCAAGGGUGCUGAAAAGAUUUUUGUUGCACAGGAGCAAAUCUAUUUAAAGAGGCUCUGGGUUUUAAAUACUCCUUGUUGGACAAUCAUGUACAAGUCACAGGUGAAGAGAAAUAGGUUGUUUGUAAAACUGGUAGCAAAUUCCAAAAUUGAAGAGAUUAACAGUGGAGACAAGUACCUUACUGUAUAUUUUUUGGGGGUUGAGAUUCCUGUGUGGCUACUAUUUUUUGGUCUUGGUGUCUCAUCAGACAGAGAGAUUAUAGAUCUCAUCGAUUGUGGCAAUGAUGAUGCCAAAAUUCAAAAUAUUCUCUUUCUGUCCAUUCAUGAUGCUGAUGAGAAGUGUGAAGCUUUUCGGAAAGGGAAGAAUGCACUUCGUUACAUAGAGGGUUAUGUGAAAGGAGUCCAAUUUCCACCUUCAGAGUCUAUUGAAGAGUGCCUUAGCAUGUAUGUCUUUCCCAACAUUAAAGGCUUCAAUAGAAAGGCACGCUUCCUUGCAUAUAUGGUGAAGGGUCUCUUACUGGCUUAUACUGGCCGUAGAAAAUGCGAUAACAGGGAUGAUUUUCGAAAUAAGAGGCUUGAAUUGGCUAGUGAGCUUCUCGAUCGCGAGCUAAAAGUUCACAUGGCACAUGCUCGGAGGCGAAUGGCAAAGGCUUUGCAGAGAGACCUUUAUGGAGAUCGUGAUGUACGCCCAAUUGAGCACUAUCUUGAUGCUUCCAUAAUUACAAAUGGUCUCCAAAGAGCAUUUUCUACUGGAGCAUGGUCACAUCCAUAUAAAAGGUUAGAAAGGAUUUCUGGUGUGGUUGCAAAUCUUGGGCGAACAAAUCCAUUACAGACCAUGGCGGAACUAAGAAGAACUAGGCAACAUGUUCAGUACACGGGAAAGGUUGGGGAUGCUAGAUACCCGCAUCCUUCUCACUGGGGCAAGGUUUGUUUCCUGUCUACCCCGGAUGGUGAAAAUUGUGGACUAGUAAAGAAUUUGGCUGUUACAGGACUAGUAAGCACAAACAUAUCUGAGUCUGUAUUGCCUCAGUUGUUUGACUGUGGAAUGGAAGAACUGGUCGAUGAUAUUUCCACAUUUCUGGGCAACAAGGACAAAGUAUUCCUAAAUGGGGAUUGGGUUGGACUGUGUGCAGAUCCCAUUUCAUUUGUGGCAGACCUAAGAAGUAAAAGACGUAGAAAUGAAUUGCCUCAUCAGGUGGAAAUCAAAAGAGACCGAUUUCAAAAAGAAGUGCACAUAUACUCUGAUGCAGGAAGGAUUCUACGUCCACUUUUGGUACUUGGUAAUUUACACAAGAUUAAAGGAUCUAAAUCGGAACAUUACUCUUUCCAGUUCCUUUUGGAUAAUGGUGUGAUUGAGCUGGUUGGACCUGAAGAAGAGGAAGACUGUUGUACUGCUUGGAGUGUUCAGUAUUUAUUUGCAAAAGAGGGAAAAUCUUCUGUAAAGUACACGCACUGUGAACUUGAUAUGUCAUUCUUAUUGGGUUUAAGCUGUUCUCUUGUACCAUUUGCCAAUCAUGACCAUGCAAGGAGGGUACUCUACCAGUCUCAGAAGCACUCCUCACAGGCUAUUGGCUUUUCUACAACGAACCCAGACAUUAGAGUUGAUACUUUGUCUCACCAGUUACAUUAUCCUCAAAGGCCCCUUUUUCGUACAAUGACUUCUGAUUGUCUUGGAAAAGCAGGGCAUCCAUUAUGUCAAAAUAGAGUACUUCCAAAGGCUGAAUUCUAUAAUGGACAGAAUGCAAUUGUGGCUGUCAAUGUACAUCUGGGAUACAAUCAAGAGGAUUCCCUUGUGAUGAACCGUGCUUCUUUGCAGCGUGGAAUGUUCAGAUCUGAGCACAUACGAAGUUACAAAGCCGAAAUUGAUAAUAAGGAAUCUUUGGAGAAAAAGAGGAAACCUGAAGACAAUGUACAUUUUGGAAAGGUACAAAGUAGAAUUGGCCGAGUUGAUAGCCUUAAUGAUGAUGGGCUUCCAUAUGUCGGUGCAAAUUUGCAAACUGGUGAUAUUAUUAUUGGCCGGUGUACUACAUCAGGGACGGACCAUAGCAUAAAGUUAAAACACACCGAAAGGGGUUAUGUUCAAAAGGUUGUGCUGUCUUCAAAUGAUGAGGGGAAGAAUUUUGCUGUGGUUUCGUUAAGACAGGUUCGAAGUCCCCUUCUCGGAGACAAGUUCUCUAGUAUGCAUGGACAAAAGGGUGUUUUAGGAUUUUUGGAGUCUCAGGAAAAUUUUCCUUUCACAAGACAAGGUAUUGUUCCCGAUAUUGUCAUAAAUCCGCAUGCAUUUCCCUCACGACAAACUCCUGGGCAACUCCUAGAGGCUGCAUUAGGAAAGGGGAUUGCUUGUGGUGCUGUAUUGAGACAUGCUACCCCUUUCUCCACUCCCUCUAUUGAUGACAUUACGGACAAGCUUCACAGAGCUGGGUUUUCAAGAUGGGGAAACGAGAGAGUAUACAAUGGGAGAACAGGUGAGAUGGUCCGUUCACUCAUAUUUAUGGGCCCCACAUUCUACCAACGACUACACCACAUGUCUGAGGAUAAAGUAAAAUACCGGAACACCGGUCCAGUUCACCCGCUGACCCGACAGCCGGUGGCUGACAGGAAGCGAUUUGGAGGUAUAAAGUUUGGUGAAAUGGAGCGUGAUUGCCUCAUAGCUCAUGGUGCAUCAGCCAACCUGUAUGAACGCCUCUUUACACUCAGUGACUCCUCUCAGAUACACAUUUGUAGUAAAUGCAAAAGUAUUGCAAAUGUGAUCUUACGACCGGUGUCUGGUGGCCAUAAAAUACGAGGUCCCUAUUGCCGAUCCUGUGCUUCUGUUGAAGACAUUGUGGUGGCCAGUGUCCCAUAUGGAGCCAAAUUAUUGUGCCAGGAGCUUUUUAGCAUGGGCAUAAGCCUCAAAUUUGAAACUGAACUCUGCUAGACUCUCAUUUUUAUUCAUAUCGCCUCUCUAAUGAAUUCACCUAAACUUGUGAACUCGGUGUAGAUAUCAAUUUGAUUCCUGGAAUGACAGUUAGUAUUUCAUGACAUGCACGAAGUUUAACUUGA